AUGUCACAAAUCUACCUUAUCACCGGAGCCUCAACUGGCUUUGGCGCCCUCUGCGCUAGAGCCUUGGCCAAAGAAGGACACAUCGUGUUUGCGGGGAUGUACUCCCACGACGGCAACACUUCCAAGUACGAAGAAGAGGCUGCAGCAUUCAGCCGUGAGCACAAGGCAGACCUUCGUACCGUCUCUCUCGAUCUCCUAUCCCAAGAGUCAGUCGAUGCUGCUGUGAGGCACGUUCUCGACAGGACAGGACGCAUCGAUGUCGUCGUGCAUAACGCAGGACACAUGAAUUACGGUCCGACCGAGAGUUUCACCGCUGAGCAGUGCUUGCGACUCUACGAUGUGAACGUGGUGGGCUCUCAGCGACUGAACAUGGCAGCUCUACCGCACAUGCGGCACGCGCGUAGGGGGCAUCUCGUCUGGAUAGGGAGCUCGUCGACGUAUGGCGUCAACAGCCCGCUUCUAGGUGCCUAUUUCGCGGCAAAAGCAGCGCAAGACGGCCUCGCACAGAGCUAUGCAGCUGAGCUAGCGGCUUGGGGCAUAGAAACUACGAUUGUGAGCCCGGGUGUGUUUACUAAGGGGACGAAUCACUUUCCCGAUGCUAUGAAGCCGGGUCGCCCAAACGUCGCACAGGAGUACGAGGAUGGGCCUACGAAGGGCCUUUGUGAACAGACGAUGAAUGGCAUAGCGGCUUUUGUCCCUCCGGAUGCGGAUCCUCAGGUUGUUGCCGAUGCGCUGGUCGACCUUGCGAGAUAUCCGCGGGGCAAGAAGCCGUUCAGAAUGUUCCCUGAUCCAACAAUGGGUGGUGCAUAUGCCGCUGCUGCUGUUGUGGACAACAAUAAAGUAAACUACUAUAGACGGAUGGGGCUCUUGGAUUAUUUGAAAGUGCAGCUAUGA